AUGUCUACUGGAGCAGACCUGAAGGGGAGAGAGGGAGACGUUCCCAAUGACAACAUGACCCAAGAACAAUCCUUCAAGAAAGGUUUCUGCUCACUACGGCAUGGUCUAGCCUUCAUCUUGCAUCUCUGCAAUUUUUCUAUUUAUACCCAACAAAUGAACUUGAGCAUUGCCAUAACAGCUAUGGUGAACACCACAGAAGCAUCCAGCCACCUCAAUGCCUCCACAGAAAGACCACCCACGGACUCCCAAGAUGUCUGGAAUGAAACACUGCAGGAAUCUAAGGCCCCUGUUUACGACUGGACACCUGAGAUCCAGGGAAUCCUCCUCAGCUCCCUCAACUACGGAUCAUUCUUAGCUCCACUCCCCACUGGCUAUGUGGCGGGAGUAUUUGGCGCCAAGUACGUGGUUGGUUUGGGCUUGUUAAUUUCCUCAGUCCUGACUCUCUUCAUUCCGCUGGCAGCUGACGCUGGAGUGGCCUUGCUCAUUGUGCUCCGGGUCAUCCAAGGCAUGGCUCAGGUUAUGGUAUUAACAGGUCAGUACUCAAUAUGGGCCAAAUGGGCUCCCCCACUGGAGAGGAGUCAACUCAUCACCAUCGCUGCGUCAGGGUCAAUGCUUGGGACCUUCCUUGUCCUUAUUGCUGGUGGCCUUCUUUGUCAGGUCCUAGGGUGGCCUUAUAUAUUUUACAUCUUUGGUGGAAUUGGCUGUGCCUGUUGCCUGCUCUGGUUUCCUCUCGUUUAUGAUGACCCACAGAAUCACCCCUUUAUCAGCACUGGUGAGAAGAGAUACAUCGUGAGUUCGCUGGCUCAAGAGGAUUGCUCACUGGGCUGGUCUCUUCCCAUUAAAGCCAUGGUGAAAUCUCUCCCACUUUGGGCCAUUGUAGUUUCUUAUUUCUGUGAAUACUGGCUGUUAUCCACGGUAAUGGUUUAUACACCCACAUAUAUCAGCUCUGUACUUCAAGCAAACCUCCGAGAUAGUGGAAUCCUGUCAGCCCUGCCAUUCAUGUUUGGCUGUGUCUGCAUUAUCCUUGGGGGUCUACUGGCAGAUUUUCUCCUCUCCAGGAAAAUCCUCCGACUUGUAACUAUCAGGAAGCUCUUCACUGCCUUAGGGGUCCUUGUCUCCUCUGGGAUCCUCGUGCCCCUGCCUUGGGUCAGAUCCAGCCGCAGCACCACAAUGGCCUUCUUGGUACUAUCUUCUGUCUUUGCCAGCCUCUGUGACUCAGGAGCCCUCAUUAACUUCUUGGAUAUAGCUCCACGGUAUGCUGGCUUUCUCAAAGGACUAUUGCAAGUCUUUUCUUACCUAUCUGGAGGCAUAGCUCCUACUGUUGCUGGAUUUUUCAUCAGUCAGGAUUCAGACUUUGGCUGGAGAAACGUCUUCUUACUUGCAGCUGCUAUUGAUGUAGUAGGCCUGCUCUUCUACCUCAUCUUCGGCCGAGCGGAGGUACAAGACUGGGCUAAGGAACCGACAUUCACCCAUUUCUGA